CAAUUCAAAUGAAAAUUGAAAGCAAACAUAAAAAUAAAUCGACCUUAAAAUUUCAUCUGUUCUAUAUUUUAAAAGAAAAAGGACACAAUAUCCCCCCAAUGAAAAUUGAAUGAAUUUUUAAAUAAAUUAAGAUUCUUUGGUCCUUAUGCAAUAUAAAUUAGGGGCAUAAUAUCUAUAAUAUUUUUGGCAUUGAUAAAGAAGAAUUAUAAGAAAAUUUCGAUUAUCUAUGCGAAUCUCCAUAAAAUGACAAUGAAGAGUAUUCAAGGUUGUACGUUCUGGUGGGUCAGGGUGGUAUAAGCGCAGCAAAUACGUGGGCAGAGUUUCAUUCAUAAUUAACGUUUAAAGUGACCUACACGAUGCUACUGCGGAUUUUGUAGCAAAAAUAUAAAAAGAAGAGAGAAAAAAAGAAAGAAAGUGAUCGAUGUACCCAAAGGUAUUACUUUCACGAACAAAUAAUUCAACAACAAAAAAAAGUUGAUAUUAAUUUUCAAAAAAAAAAAAAAAAAAAAUUUCAAAAGAAAAAAGGGAAUUUUUUUUCUUUAAUAAAAAAAAAGAAAAUAAAACAUCAUCGUAAAGCUGGCAUCCAAGGAUUUUUUCGGUUUUCGUUAUGGACGGUGACCGUAAUCGGCCCGAGGACGAUUCGCAGACAUCAGAUCAUAAAGAGAGUCCAUCGGAAGAAGAGAAUAGUCAGGGAAAUUCGCAAUUUAGUGAUAUUGAAAAAAAUAACGAAUCAUCAGAAUCAUCAUCGAGAAGAACAUCAGAUCAAGAGGAUAGACGAUUUCCAAUAAUUUCCGUCACAACAAUAAAUAAUAAUAAUAAUCGACCGCCAACUCCAUACGAUAGUAAAAAUCCAAUAAUUCGCGAUGUCACGAAAAAUAUUCCAUAUGAAUACGAAAAAAAUGGUUACCAAAAAUAUACAGGCAACAUCAAUUGUUCAUCCGGAGCCGGAAGUCCUCGGCCACAAUCGCGAAUAUCUAAGGCCAGUGUCUUUCCAUUCGGAGGAAAUCUCUCAGCCCGAGAAGCCUUCGGACCUACGCUUACACCAAUUAAAAAUAGUCAAUCGCCAGAAUCACCAACACCAUUUCCAGAGUCGAUUGAUAGUGAUUUUCCCAAGGAUAUCAAUAAAAGAAAUGCCUCUGGAUCCGUCGCAUCGACGAAUGACGUCGAAACACUAUUUUUUAGAGACGGCAGGCGGAGAAUUGAUAUGGUUUUGGUGUAUCAAGAGGAGGCAGCGGGAGUUAUGACUGAAAUAGAGGCACGUAAAAUAGAGCAGAGAAAAAUUUUUGAACAAAAUUUAUUAAAGGAAGGCCUACAAUGUGAACUUGAACCAAAAGAAUCGUCAUACGAUGGAAAAACAUAUUUUUUAAAACUACACAUUCCAUGGAAAAUAAAAACACAGUAUGCCGAAUUGAUGAAUCUUAAAUUACCAACCAAGAGAUUAAUUACCAUUUCCGUGAAAGCUUGGGGAGACGAAAAUGCAAAUUUGAAGAAGACUCCUUGGGAAAAAUGGCUAAAAUGGACGGAGAGAAUAAGAAAAUUUCACAUGUGGGACACAAAUAAAUAUCCUGAGGAGCCAAGUUUUUAUGCAAGUACAGACAGUGGAGAUGAAGAAAGAUUUGUGGUGAAAGACAGGGACACUGCCUAUACUCCAGCUCAAAGAUCCCUAAUAGUAAUGCAAAUUUUACAUCGAACGAAAUACAAUGAAGUUAAUGAGAAAGCAGGAAUAAGACGACUCAUUGCCGAUGGAACGUAUCUCGACUGUUUUACACUUCACGAGGGGCCCUACAAUAAACCAUUGGCGAACGGAGAGAUUUUAGAUAGAUAUUUACUUUAUCUUAUUUGGGCCAGGCCAUCACAAUGGUACAAGAGACAACCUUUGUGGCUAAUUAGAAGAUAUUUUGGAGAAAAAGUUGCACUUUACUUCGCGUGGCUUGGAUUUUAUACAAAGGCAUUAUAUCCCCCGGCUGUCGUUGGUCUCUUGUGUUUUUUUUACGGUUUAGCAAGUAUGAAUAGCGACGAUAAUCAGCCCAGCAGAGAAAUCUGCGAUGCAUCUAAAGAAGGAAAUAUUACACUCUGUCCACUUUGUGAUAAGGCGUGCUCCUAUCAAAAACUGAAAGAUUCCUGUAUUUUUUCAAGACUGACAUAUUUAUUCGAUAAUCCAGCAACUGUCUUUUUUGCCAUUUUUAUGUCCUUUUGGGCAACCACAUUUUUGGAAUUGUGGAAACGUCGUCAAGCAAUAUUGGCGUGGGAAUGGGAUUUGCAAAAUUCUGACGGCGAUGAGGAACCAAGACCCGAAUUUGAAGCUUCGGUUAAAACUUAUAGAAUAAAUCCCGUCACGAGAGAACGAGAACCUUACAUGCCAGCUUGGUCGCGUGCCUGGAGAUUUGCCGUCACAUUUUCCAUGGUGUUUUUCAUGGUUGGCGUGGUACUUGCCGCAGUUUUGGGAACGAUAAUCUACAGAAUUUCCUUGGUACCAGUUUUUUAUAAAGGCGGCAAUUCUCUCGUGAAAAGGCACACGAAAAUUUUCACCGCCACAACUGCUGCUUUACUUAAUUUGAUUGUCAUUAUGAUAUUGACGAGAAUUUAUCAAAGAAUGGCGAGAUGGAUGACUAAUUUGGAAAAUCCACGAACACAAACUGAAUACGAGGACAGUUUUACAUUCAAAAUUUUUAUGUUUGAAUUCGUCAACUUUUACUCUUCUCUCAUCUACAUUGCAUUUUUUAAGGGGAGAUUUUACGUCCAUCCUGGCGAUUUGCACUCGAGGCAAUCGGAAUUUAAUAGAAUAAAAAAUGACGUUUGUGAUCCGGCUGGCUGUCUAUCGGAACUUUGCAUUCAACUCGCAAUUAUUAUGAUUGGCAAACAAUUAUUUAACAAUUUUCUCGAAAUUCUCUCGCCAAAAAUGUGGAAUUGGUGGCGUAAGAGAAAUCACAAGGCGGCGACAAAAGAUCACGAUAGACUCGAUACAAGUUGGGAGCAAAAUUAUCAACUUCAAGAUCCAGGGAGAAUGGGCCUUUUCGAAGAAUAUCUCGAAAUGAUAAUUCAGUACGGAUUCGUGACGUUGUUUGUUGCUGCUUUCCCGUUGGCUCCAAUUUUUGCUCUUUUGAAUAAUAUCGGCGAGAUUCGAUUGGACGCGUAUAAAAUGAUAAAGGAAGCUCGCAGACCCUUGGCAGAAAGAGUUGAAGACAUUGGAGCUUGGUUUGGAAUUUUAAAAGGUGUUACCUACACGGCCGUUGUCAGUAAUGCAUUCGUGAUUGCUUAUACUUCGGAUUUUAUACCCAGAUCCGUGUACGCUUAUGUUUAUUCGGAAACGAAUGAUUUGAGGGGUUACAUUGACAGUUCAUUAUCCGAAUUUAAUACCUCGGAUUAUAUUGAAGGAAUGGGCGGCGAUGGAAGUGUUAUUCCAGUUCCUGCGACGUGCCAAUACAGAGGCUACAGAAAUGGGCCAAAUCAUAAAGAUCCUUAUGGAUUCAGUCCUCAAUAUUGGCACGUUUUUGCCGCACGUCUUGCAUUUGUCGUCGUUUUCGAACACGUUGUAUUUGCCUCGACGGGAAUAAUGAGUUACGUGAUACCAGCCGUGCCAAAAGCAAUGUCAACGCAAUUGCAGAGGGAGAGAUUAUUGGCGCAGGAGGCAAGAUUCGAGAAGGGAAUAAAGGGCAAGGAAGAUGAGGAGGAUCUUGUUUCGGUUUUGCGUGAAGCUGGAAUAUCGAGACCGGGCCCAAGACGUGGCAGUUGGGCGAGACGUUUCAGUAAACUUAGUGAUAGCCUCGAUGCUCAUGUUGACGUUGGAAAAAAUCACGUUGCAAGUGAAAAUCCCACCGUCUGGGAAGUGACUUAAAUUAAUUUCUAUUUUUUUAAAUUAAAAAAACAAAAAGAUAACUAACUAGAUCACAAUUACAUUUAUUCGACUGAAGUCGAAUUUUUAUUAAUUUUCUCAAGGAAACUUUUGAUUUUCGCCCCAGAAAAAAGAAUAUUUAUAUUUUACUCAAAUUUUUCUCUGUUUCAUGCCAAAAAAUUUCCUGUACAUUUUACUUUCUAAUUUUUUUCAUUUCCAAGUAAAUUAAUUUAAUUUACUAAACAUAAAAUAAAUUAGGAAUGAAAAUUUUAUUAAAAUUUAAAUUCAGAAGAAAAUUUGAAUCUGUUUUCCAUUUUCUUGAUUCAUAAGAAGCAGAACUUGUAUAUCAGACAAUAAAUUAUCGUAUAGUGAAUCUAACAAAACCAAAAUGCAAAAUAUAAAUCGAUAAUUAAGUAUACGAGUCAAUUAUUGAAAUAAGAGAAAAACAAAUGGGAACUCUUGUAAAUAUUGUAUAUUUUUUAUAAAAUUAAAGUGUCUCGUAUCGUACGAUAUUAAUUCACUGACGCCAAGAAUGAUUGAAAGAGUAGAAAAUCUACAUAUUUUAUUAUAUUUUUAAAUGUAAAAAUAGAAGUCCAUUUUAUUUAUUUUUUAUGGAAUAGUUAUCAAAAAAGAAAGAAAUCCUUUA